AUGCCUUCCAUCAUGAGCACUAUGAGAGCUGCGACCGUGAUGGCCUUUGCUGCUACUUCUCUGGCGGCUCCCCAGUCCCAGUGCAAUGCCAACACUGCACCUAUCCAGAUUCGCCUAGCUUAUGCCGGUGACACUGGCAUGGCCGUCAGCUGGAAUACCAAUGAGCAGUUGACCACCCCUACUAUUUACUUCGGUCGAAACAACGGAAAGCUCAACCGUGUCGCCUCUUCCCAAGUCUCUACCACCUACCAAUCCUCCGCCACCUGGAACAACCAUGUUGUCAUCAAGGGUCUAGAGCCCGAUACUACCUAUUACUAUCAGCCUCAGUGCGGUAACGAGACCUACACCUUUAAGACCUCCCGUCCUGCUGGUAAACAAGUCGAGUUCAACUUCGCCAUGGUCGGUGAUAUGGGUACAUUUGGUCCCGAUGGUCUCAGUACUACCGUCGGAAAGGGUGCUUCCAACCCUCUUUUGCCCGGCCAAUUGACCACCGUCCAGUCUCUGGCGGACUUCAAGAACAGCUAUGAGUUCAUCUGGCACGUUGGUGACCUUGCCUAUGCCGAUGCUUGGAUCAAGGAAGAGACUAGCGGAUAUGUUACUCCUCUUAACGAGACCGAUGGCGGUGCCGAAUACGACAAGAUCCUCAACGACUUCUACAACGAGAUUGAGGUACUUUCAAGCACUCGCCCUUACAUGGUUGCCGCUGGAAACCACGAGGCCAACUGCGAUAACGGAAGCAACAUGGACAUCUGCCCCCCUGGCCAGCUGAACUUCACUGGUUAUCGCGCCCACUGGAACAUGCCCUCCGCUGAGUCUGGCGGUGUGGAGAACUUCUGGUACUCCUUCGACUACGGACCGGUGCACUUCGUUACCUUCAACACCGAGACCGACUAUCCCAACGCUGCUGACGAGCCGGGUGGUGAGGGAGAUGAGGACGCUGGUCCUUUCGCUCCUAGCGGCACCCAGCUUGCCUGGUUGAAGAAGGAUCUCGCCUCCGUUGACCGCAAGAAGACCCCCUGGGUUGUUGCUGCUGGUCACCGCCCCUGGUAUGUCAGCGCCCCUGAGUGUGUCGAGUGCCAGGCCGCUUUCGAGCCCAUCCUCUAUCAGUACGGUGUGGAUGUCGUCCUUUCUGGCCACAAGCACUUCUACGAGCGCCAUGCCGCCGUUUGGAAUGGUACCGCUGAGGAGAUCAAUGCCAACCCCACUUACCCCUGGUACAUUGUCAACGGUGCCGGUGGCCACUACGACGGCCUGGACAAUCCUGCCACCCCCUAUGUCCCCACCUCCCGCAAGGUCGUCUCUGUCUAUGGCUGGAGCUUGUUCACCGUCCACAACAGCACCCACUUGACCACCCAGUUUGUUGCUAGCGGCAACAAUACCGUUCUUGAUAUUGCCACUUUGGUCAAGAACCACUAG